GUCCUGCUUUUGAUUCAUACCGUUUAGUCCCAGAGUCCGAGUGUUAAAAUUUGUAUUUACUAACCCAGAGCGGGUUUUGUGUUUUGACAAUAUUAUUUUUCUUUUUUUGUAACUUGCCAUAGCCCCCCUCACGAGAAGCAUCCAUACGCGUGCGUAGUGUACGGUCCGUCGAAUAAUCCAUAAAUUUGAGUGCUUCGCUUUUAGAAAUUAUUGUGUCCAAAUUGAGCGUGUUUUACAAUCGUCGCGAUGAGUUGCCAUCCGUUAAAUUUGGGCAAGAUUGCCCAGAGUAGCGCCAAGAUUUACAUCUGCCCAAUGCCCUCGACCAUCAGGUGUUUCUACCACAGCACGAGCACCACAGCCACUCAGGUGAAGGUAGCCCCAAAGGGUACAGUCAAGGCCUCGGAGAAGCCGCGCAAAGUGAUUGGCGUCAAGAAGACGAUGGUGAAUCAAAUGCAGGGCAUGGUCCAUAGCCCAGAUGCCCCCAAGGAGCAGCCCUACAAGAUCUAUGGAAAGACACGGAUGUUCUCCUCGACAAGCAGCCUGCAGAGCCAGUCGGGCAGUUCGAUUUCCCGCCGCUGGAUGAGCAGCGGGUUGAAGAAAAAGAAGCAGCAGCAGCAAUGGGAUGAGGAUUCCAAGCCGGAAGCCAUCUCCCGCAGCAGCCGGACCAAUCUGUCGGCCACCCAGCGGCGGUACAAUCAAUCGAUGUGCUUCGGCCGAGGCUUGGCCACGCAGGCGGCCAGGGAAAUAAGCCGAUCCAUCCAGGAGGAGCUGAUGGUGGUGGAUGCUGAGACGCGUGAUAUGAUCAAUUGUAAUCCAGGUCGUCAAGAGAAACGUGACCAAGGACAAGGCACAUUUGAUCCAAUGCAGGGCUGGAACCAUCCAAGACCCUACAAGCCCAUUACAGGUGUAUCUGAGAUUCUGCCAGAGGUCUUGGAUGCUCGUCAAAAUAGACCACGUCGGCGGCAGUUGGUCGUGGACCAUGCCAAUCAUGCGGCAAAUGUUGCCGCUCGCAGUCGCGAGUCCCUGGCCAAGACACAACGUCCACAACACCUCAAUCCCAAGGCCAAGAUUGGCCAGCUGUCAAGCAUGUACUCUUUCAAUGUCCAAGAAAGAGUCUCGGAUCCACGUCCCACACCGAGUUGUUUUCUGCCCCAGUCAGUCGACGAAAAGGACUCUGAUGAUAGUCUAAUGGAUGUGUCCAUAGCCAGGGGCAUGCGUACUGAUUUCACAAAGGGCCGUGGCAUUUCCAAAACGGAGGAAACCGAAGAGGAGCCCAAUUCGCUGUACGAGCAGCCCCUUGCCGAAAGGGAGUUCCUGAAGCGGGCUUUUCUGGGUGGAACUGGAGGAUCCCGGCAUGCUAGUCAGUCGCGCAUGGAUGAGCUCCACUACGAGUCCUCCGCUGGUGUUGGAAGCAACGAAGCACUGAUGAGUGCCUCGCGCCAAGUGAUCAACCAGAAAUUCGCCGGUUUCCAGCAAUUGACGGGAACUCAGAGAUGGAGGGCCCCGCAUUUGGUGGCGUCGGUGAAUCCGACACCUCAGCUUACCUCCCGGGCUGUGGGUGAGGCACGCGGAAGUGUGUUGAAGCAGGGCAAGAGGCGUUUUGCAGUGCGGUCCAGUGCCGAACGGGUGCCCACACCCAAUUUCUAUGGGGGAUUUGGGGAAGUGGACAAGUCGACCCCGAAGGAGACUGAGGAUCGCAACAGGGUUGACGAUUGCGACGAAAGUACGGGUGAGUCCUGGAACCGGCAGCAGGAGCAAGAGGGACCCAAAGAUGUCAAGUCCUCCGAAGCUAUCAGGCAGAGUCGCGUGAUGGCCAGUGGACCGCCUCGCCAUCGCUCGAUGUACGAGAUGUCCACACAGGACAAGGAAUUUGAAGGCCAACAGCUUGAGAUGAAGAUGCGGAACAGGAAUGCCUCCGUAGUUGGACGCAUGACCACCACCAAGGGUGAGAAGCGGGACCUCAGGCUGACCAAGAAGCAGGACUAUGAACCCGAGAACGACAUCAAAAUGCCAUUGGUGUACGAGAAGCAGUCGGCUGUCCAGCGUCUUAGCCCGACCAUUCCCGCCCAGCAUGGUACUAGGGCACACAAUAGCUACUAACGAGCCACGGUGACCUCAUCCCGGGAUCUGAAAAGGUGCCUUUCCCUCGGGUUCCUACACUGCACUGCACCCAUACCCAAUCCGAACCAAGUGUAUGGAGAGUCUUCUCAUAUUUUGGGCUGACAAAAUCUAUAGAAGUGAUUUAAAUCAAGGCCAGAUCACAACUGGAUACUUCCUUUCGCCAACCAAAUGUGAUGUAUUUGCUAAAUAACAGAGUAUAUGAAAUUAAAUUAUUUUACGGCUGCGUUCGAAAA